AUGGCGUUCCCAAGCACGUUCCAGCGCACAGGCCGCUAGCAAGCCACCAUUCUGUCCACUGUCCACGACCGAGCUGCACGAUCCACGCUCAGACACUCUCCACAGCUACAGCCACUUCCCCACUCGAGCUCUCCUCUCUUGUUCCCUCAUCCCCACAACCACAAGCGAGCUAGAGUGUCUGUGCACCAUGCGAUGCGUAGACUCAUAUAAGCCUCGCCUCGACCUCAAAAUGGACAUUCUUAUCCCCAGCAUCACCCUUCCAGCAAUGUCCGACCUGCCCUCUCCCUUCCUGGACCACUCGGCGUUCCCGCACAUCAUCGACAACAUCUUUGCAUUUGCUGAUCGUGCGUCCCUUUUCGCCCUCCGCACGGCGUCCCGCGCCUUCCGCACCGCCGCAGAUGCGCAGCUAGCCAACCACCUCGUGUGCCGCUGGGCAAGCGUCGAGACGCCCGCCGGGCGCCACCCCGCGCUGGCCGACAUCCACGCUCGCGUCUGCGAGCUUCCCGCCGACGCAACUGUCCGCGGCGCGCCCGUCCCGUGGGCCUCCUCACCACCCCUUGCUUCAUCAAGACAUACCCCACGCCUCUCCCCUUCUGUCUCAGGCCCCGCCGUCGUCGACUUUGGCGACAUGUUCACUCCCCGCUCCAUCUCUCUCCUGCCGGCACAUACGCAGAUCCUGCGCGUGUGGCUCUCGGGCUUUAUGCACAAUCCAGCUAUCACGACGCCGUCCGACACCGUCAUCGUGUUUGGGUGGCCACAGACACCAUCCAUCGGCACAGUCUACGAGCCGUGGAUCGCGCUCAGACCCACCACCAAGCGUGUAGUGUACCACAUCAGCACGCGCUACCGCGCGCACAGCGAACUGCUCGCGCAGCUCCGCUCGUCCGCCAGCGGCGUCGAAGAGCUCACCAUCAUCGUGAACGACACCCUCCCCCUCCCAAAGCCAUGGGAGUGCGCCCCGCUGCUCCACCUCCUGCGCUGCGUCGUCGCCGCGGCGCGCCGCAGACCGCAGAUGCGCGUGUCGUUCGUCAAUGCCGCCGGGCUGCCCCAGCUCUUCCCGUCCGACGGGAGCGUCGUGUUCGGCGACGACGCUGUCGCGCCCUUCGUCUCCUCGUUCCACGAGUACGUCCGCGGCAUCAUGGGCGACGGGGACGGCAGCAAGGUUGCGGAGCAGUGGCGAUUCACGACCCUCAAGGAGCACAGGGCGGAGGUGGGAGAGAGGCAGUUCGUCCUCGAGAUGGGGGGCGUGUGAGGCAAAAUUGUGUAGCAUAGUAUACAGGCAUGUGUUGAUAUCUCUUCUCCAGGCGGAAGGACCAUUUGGUAAUGACUUGACGCCCACUAAUCUGACUUUCCCGUUGGGGUCUCUGGGUGGUGAGCGCCCC